CGACUCAAUAUUGUACAUUUCGUUUUAUCAUUGUGUUAUAAUCGUUAUAUAUGACUAUGAAUGAAUCUUUGACAGGAUUUGGCUCAUGUGUGAAACAGGCUAAUGCCCUCAGUAGAUUGGCUAGUGUUCCUUUCUCAGCAGAUGGACCAAAGGAUUAACAAGGGCUUAAUGCAGCAGUGACAGGGAGGAAGGUGCAAGAAGAGAAGCUUAAGCCGUAAACCUCAUGGACUGAAUACUAGAAGGAAGACAGUGAUAUAGUAAAGAGAGGUCUGAAAAAGGCGAGAACUCAGAUAUGCAGGAUAUUGCCUGAUAUCGGACAAUGGGACAAGUACUGUUUCAGAAGACUUUCUGGCAAUGACUACAAGCCUGGCAUGAUAGAAAACUAAAACCCCAGCUCUUAUCAAUCCACUACUAUCUUAUACGUCUGAACAAGUAACAGAGGCAAGAUGUCAGUACUCCUGUUGGAUGAGACUUGCUCAGAUCUUCCCGUCAGGGAUACAGGUUGUAAGCCAGCGGUGUUUAAAGCAAUACAAGAGGUUGUAGCCGCUCCCUACUCUCGGAAACAACAGGGCCAGAGAAUAAUGAAAAUAAAAGAUAAGGAUCUGAAGAUGCGCCGAAGGGUCUCCCUUAUUGGUCGAGAUGAACUAGAGGACAACUUCCUCCGUAUUCACGAGGAAAAUCUACUCCUCAAGGACCAUGCAAGGAAAAUGGAAGACAAGAUAAAAAGAAUGGGCACCAGAAUGCUCUGGGUAACUUCAGAUCUUGUGCAGACAGGAAAAUCAGCUGGAAUGAAGCGUGACGGGCGAGAUUUAGACGCUGAGGAGACUAUAGAAGACUUACAGGACAGAGUCCGAGACCUGGAACAUAAAAAUGAAACCCUUAGGCACAAGCUGGUUACAUACAAGCAGCGAUUACAGGUGCAAAGCGGGUGCAGACAUUGCCCCUACAGCACAGUGCCAGCACGAACAGACUCUGGAGUCAGAAGAAACGUUGCUCUGCCAGAUCACAUUAAAAGAGGUCUGCGGGUACAAAGUCUGGAAGUGAGGCCGCCCCAAGUUUUCCAAGUUCAGGCAUGUGGAGAGACCCUCAGUGAUGAAGCCAGAGCAGAGAUUGAGAGGCUAUUCAAUUUAAUUGAAAGUCAGAAUAACAGAGCUGAUGACAAGUCUGCCGUUUUGCUAAAUAAUAUGGAGUCCGUGAGGUCAGUGGAUGCGGUGGCAGAAGUGAUGCUCUCUCUGCAAAGAACUCAGCAGGCUGAGAAGCAACGGACCGCUAUUCAGGAGAAUGUAAUGGUGAUACGACUUCAGAAAGAGCUGAGAGAGAAGAACACAACUCUAUGUGCUCUAAGGGAACAGUUCCAUCAGCUAAAGGAGUCUUAUGAAACAGAACUACAGCAGAAUCAGAAGUCCCUGACACUGAGCCAUGAGGCUGUUUUGACCCAGCUGGAGGACCUCACAUCCCAACUGAAAGCAGAAAGGACAAAGGUGGUGGCAAUGGAAAUUGAACAACAAAGUGUCCUUAACUUGCAGAGAUCAUUACAAGAGUUCCAGGAGCGUGUAACUGACGUAGAAAAGGAAAAUGGGCUCCUCAAAGAAAAUUAUGAGAACCUACUUAAAAGUUCUCUAAAUGAAGAAGUUGGUUUAAGACAAGCAACAGAGAAUGAAUUGCGGCAAAAGAUCUCUCUGUUGGAGGAGCAAAUCCACUGCCAUGUGACUGACAAUACACUAAAUAAUGAACAGCUUCAGCAUGAAAGAGAACAAAAUGAGCAUUUAAAGAAGGAAGUCUCACAACUGCAUAUUCAGCUCCUGGAAAAGAUUCAAGAAGUCAAAAGUUAUCAGGAAAAAGUGUCAGCCAUACUGUCAUCAUCAGUCAAUGGCCCUGUCCAGGAGCAACCAGCUGUCACCUUGCAAAGAACCUCUACUCCCGGACUAGAAGGUUACCACCAGAUGAGGGAAUUCAAUGCAGUUAUGGAUAGAUGGUUUGAUGGCAGAGAAAGACGAAGAAUGGAAGAGAUGAAACAUCAGAUGAGAUGUGAAGAUGAACAAAGGCAAAGAGGAGACAGUGAAAGGCAAAGAGAGGAAGAGGAGCAGAAAAAGGCAGAGGAAGCAGAGAGGCAGAAAUGGAUAAGCAAGAUGGAUGCAGACCAUGCAGAGACAAUCCUGGAGCUGGAAAAGACAAGGGAAAUGUUGUUCCUGCAACAUAAAAUUAACAAUGACUAUCAGGAGGAACUGACGGCAGUGAGGCUUAAAGCCGAGAGUGAAAGCAGAGACAAAGAGGAAAAGAAAUGUCAUUAUGAGGCUAGCAUUUUGAAGUACAGAGCCAGAAUCCACACUCUAGAAGCUCAGCUCAAAGACAUUGCAUAUGGAACAAUUCCCUCCCGACAUGAGUCUCAGUCUCCUGAUGUGGAUAUGUCACCUGUUCCAUCACUGCGCCGGGGAGAGACUCUCUUUGAAGUUCAUAUAGGUGCCGUCUGCUUCACACCACGGGGUCUAAGGGAAGUCAGUGACCUUCAUCCAAACACCUUUUGUGUUUAUUCUUUGUGUGACUAUGAAACACACGCCACUCCAGUAGUAACUGGCACCAGCCCUCGGUACAACUUCACCUCUCAUUAUGCAGUUACUCCAGAUGCUGAAUUUCUUCGCUAUUUGAGAGUCGGAAUUUUAACCGUGGAGUUAUAUCAAGCCUUAGGAGGAGAGCAUAGAAUGCUGGCAAGGGGGCACAUUAAACUGGAAGCAACAUUGCAGAGCACUGAAAAGAUACAUGGAGCCGUUGCUUUGACUGAUGCCACUGGGGAAGAUAUAGGAGAACUGGAUUACUGGAUUUGUCUACAUGGAUCCAUAUCUCAGGUGCAGCGUGUGCAGAAGCAGAGUAAAAAAGCUCGUAGCUACCUUUCAGCUGGCGGCCAUUACCAUUCCGAGAAGUCAUUGGCAUCACCUUUUUCUACUGGAACUCAAAAUAAACUUGGCAUCAGAAUAUGGGGCUGUAGAAGGCUGAAGGUGGGAUAUUUGGGAUACCAACCAAGCCCGUAUGCUAUGUACCGUUUCUACCAUCACCCUGAUCAUUCUACUGCUAUCAUACCAUGCAGCAACAAUCCUCAGUUUGGAGAUGAAUUUGUCUAUCCGUUACAAAUAACUAAUGACCUUGAGAGAUAUCUCCAGAAGGAGUGCUUAUAUGUCUAUGUGUUUGACGAUGAAGAUAUGCAGCCUGGAGUUUACCUGGGAAGAGCAGAAGUGCCUUUAGUCAGCCUAGCAAGGGGAGACAACAUUCAAGGAGAUUUUGCACUGCUGGACCCUUGCGGUAAGUGCUCUGGAUCAAUACAACUCAGUAUGGAAUGGAAAUAUCCUAUCAAGGCUACAAGCUAUCAAAGUACUCAAGAGGUUCCACUUUCACAGCAUUGCACCCAUAUGAAAUUACUGCCGAGUGUUAUACCAAAGGUUAACUUAACUCAAUCGAAGCAGUCCAAAACGCGUAAGGCUGAGGAAGAUCAACAAGAUGACUUAACCUCCAGCAAAAGGGGGCGGAAGGACUUCCCAUCAACAUCCAGUCAAAACACAAAACAAACCUUUCAAAAUUCUGAUCUUCUGCCAGCUGGAUACAACAGCAAUGAUCUGGGCACACAACAGGAGGAAGCUGUACAAGUGCAGGAAGGUGAGAAAAUGGAAGACAUAAAGGAUGAGGAUGAAAUCAAUGGUGACCACACAGCAGAUGCAAAUGACCCACAAAGUACAGAUGAUGAGGACUUAAUUUUAGUGGUAAAACCACAUGUUGCAGAAAAAACACCUUCAUCCAUGAUCCGUGUUGAAAUCAUGUCUCUGACCUUAUAUCCAUAUUCAGAGGUGAUGGGCGACAGCGCAGUACAAAGGUUGUUUGUGGAAUUCCGCUUUGCUGGCGUCCCUCCAGAGGAAACCGAGACCCCUGUGUCACUUCGCAAACCCAACCAAGGCGAGGAGCUAUACUAUCACUUUAGCAAAGUGAUACAUCUGGAUGGGUCAGAACAUGCUGAGCGCAGAGACUUUCUCUACAUGCUAUUAGAGGGAUCAGACUCAAAUGGAGAUAGUGUCAGGCUCAGGUUCACUGUGGUGAGUGACCCAAUUAACGAGGAUGAAGAAUGUCGUGAUGUGGGCUAUGCCUAUAUGGACCUCCGCUUUCUACUAAGAAGAGCGGAAGACAAAGCUGAGGAAACUUUACAAGUUUUAGAUGUAGCCAAUCAAGAACAAGUCAUUGGAGCACUGAGAGUAGCAAUAGAAGCAAAAGAAGCGGCACGGGCCGUUCACAGAACAAGGAGAGCAAUGGAAACAGAGUGAAGAUUUAUCUCAGCGUGUCAAAAACCAUCACAUCCCAAAGAAGAAAGAAUGCAAUAUCAAAGGCCAAAAAGUGCAGGCAUUUGAUGCUUUUAUCAGCACUAAUAUAUUUCCGUCAUUUGGAAACAGUUCACCUAUGGAACUAGAGAGAUAUUCUUACUUUUAGGGUGAAAAGAAAUCAUGAGCUUAAAAGAAACUAAAUUGUUUUCCAGACUGAAUGCAAAAAGUUAUAGCCAAAUAUUUUCCAUGUAUAAUCCAAAUCUUUACUGGGAAACAUAAACCACUCCUUGCUGUGAUGGGUAAAAGGGCCAAGAGACAUGAUAAUAUAGGAAGAUACAAAGCUGGCAAGGCUAAAUAGAAUCUUAUAGGCUCUCCUCAGCAUAUACAGUUAGGUCCAUAAAUAUUUGGACAGAGACAACCUUUUUUCAAUUUUGGUUCUGUACCUUACCACAAUG